GUGAUCAGUAUAUCGAUUCUCGAGCAAGGCCUGCCAUACCUUUCUAAGGCUUCGGAAAGCCCUUCAACCAAGCGCAGGCCUAAGACAUUAAAUAGAUCGGAAUCUGGUUCCGAUUCGGAAUCAGGGUGACCCCUGCACAGGCUAGCGAAGUGACCCGGCGGAGCUUCGACCUCCUCGAUAAUGACGGACGUAGAUGCCACAUCGCAACUUGUCAUCGCACAUUAGAGAUAUAAGCAGUACACCCUACCACGCUCCUUUCAACCUUCUCUAGACCUCCACGCAAGAAUUCAGGGACGGGUUCCACCAGUCCAUACAAUCGCUUCCUUUCGCUUCCUCACGCCCAUUGUUGGUCGAUAUCCCCACGUAUAUAUUCAACUCUGCGACAUCCUUCUUUGGAUACGCUGUCCUCUGCGCAAACGAUAUGGCGCGAACCAAACAACCAUCUCCCGUGCGACGUACGCCAUCAGAGACGUACAAACAAGCCAAUGGAAAAUCCCACACAUUGAAUGGGGUCAUCGGGGAGAUAGAGCAUGAGAUUGAGGAGGCUGCGGAAGUACACGCGCGAGACCCUGCAGAACAGAGGGAGUCGGGCUUUCUGUUACUUGCAGUCUGUGUAGGCGGUAUUUAUGCGAGCUUUCUUUCAUGGGCUUUCUUCCAGGAACGUGUCACAACGACAACCUACGGUCCGACCAAUGCGCGUUUCAAUUACUCUGUCUUCCUGAACACCAUCCAGUCAACGUUCGCCGCAUUGACUGGAUAUGCAUACCUGAUAUAUUCUGCUCCGAAAGACCCCAAGACGGGAUCGCGAAAGAUACCAGCUGUCUUCCCUUCGCAAGCGAUACUCUUCCCACUCUUCUUGAUUGCAGUCACAUCCUCGCUCGCCUCGCCAUUCGGAUAUGCCUCUCUGAAGCACGUCGACUACAUUACUUUUAUUCUUGCUAAGAGCUGCAAACUGCUCCCGGUCAUGUUCCUGCACAUCUCGCUUUUCCAAAAGAGGUACCCUGUCUACAAGUACCUCGUUGUCGGAUGCGUUACAUUGGGCGUCGCAAUCUUCACACUACACAAUCCUUCCACCGCCAAGAAGGCUGCUAAGAAGGCGAGCUCAACCAGCGCAGAUGCCAGCAAGGUCCUUGGAUUGUUUCUACUGGGUGUGAAUCUACUUUUCGAUGGCCUUACGAACACGGUGCAAGACCACAUCUUUGGUACAUUCAAGGGAUUCACUGGACAACAAAUGAUGUGCGCCCAAAACAUUAUGUCUACGCUGCUCACUAUAACUUACCUUUUCUUGUCGCCUUAUCUCGCUGGUACUCCUUUGGGAGAUUGGGUCGGUAUUGGUGGCAACGGCGGCGAGCUCAAGGAAGCCAUUGAGUUUGUUACGCAAUACCCCGCCGCCGGUUGGGAUGUUAUCUCUUUCGCAGCAUGCGGCGCGAUCGGCCAGGUGUUCAUCUUCCUUACGCUCGCACACUUCAGCUCCUUGCUGCUUGUCACUGUGACUGUCACCAGGAAGAUGCUUACCAUGCUUGUCAGCGUGGUCAUGUUCGGCCACAAGGUCACACCAAUGCAGUGGCUCGGUGUUGGGUUCGUGUUUGGUGGUAUUGGAGCUGAGGCGCUGGCCACCCGGCGCGAGAAGAUUGAGAAGGAGCGCAAGAAGAAGGAGGCAGCGGCGCUUAAGAAGCAAUAGAUGGACAGGCAGGCAGUGAAGCAUUGUCUUCCCAGGAGGCGUAUAGAGUGGAUCAUUUUUAUCAUUUGAGAAGGGAGGAAAUUUAUAUACCCGUAUAGCGUAGACCUGGGUUGCGUACAGAGACAGGAAUGGAGCUUAGCAUCUUUUUUCGAAUACAUCGUCGUCGUCGUC